AAGCGUCCUGUCAGUAGCUAAACAGCUGAAGGUUCCUUCUCAGACACAUGUAGUGAAACACAGACAGUUUUAUCUCAUCAGAUCAGAUUAGAGGCUGUGGACGUAACAGCAGCGAGUGGAUUAGUGGUCGUCCUCCUCUGUGUCAGGUGCAGUAUCUACAUCUACACUUAAAAGGAGAGCGAGCUGUAAUAACAUGGUAACAGGCCACGUGUGUGUUCACUGGUGCAGAGGAGCGAGCAGAUGCUUUAUUUAAUUAGCUGAAUGUGGUGACGUCGGACGCUGUCGGAUCCGACAGGAAGCAGACACAUGCAGUUCAGGGUGAUGCUGCUUCUGUCUGUUGUGUCUCUGCACGCUUGUGCUUCUACACCUGCAACAGCCUGAAGGCCGGAGGAUGAAACAGGAAAUCACUGGAAUGCAGCUUCACACCGUUUGAUCCACAGCUCGUCGUAUUCUGGUUUCUGCUCCUGUGGACGCGAGGACCGACUCAGGCGACACAGCUCGUCUCAGCGUGAAGACAAACUGUUCUGUGACGAUCAGAGACCUCAGACAGAGCGACUCAGGUGUUUACAGGUUCAGCUUCAUCACAAAGCGCCCGGGGGGAGUUUUACUGGAGAACCUGGAGUCACGUUGUCUGUCCCGUAAACAGCAUUAUUAUUGGUCAAUGACUCUUCUAGGCUGCGUUCAUGAAGGUUUCCGUGUUCCCCUCUUUCAGAUCUGCAGGUGCAGGUGAUCAGAUCCCAGCUCCAGCAGGAACCGACCGGCAGAGCUGAAGCGUCAGAGCUGCUCCCGAUCGCACGACUACAUGUGGUGCAACCAGGGCCAGACGCCUCAAAGGUCAUCACCUCAGUAUUCACUCACAUCCGUCCCACAGACAGAUGUUCCUGUGCUGUAGCAGGACAUGAGAAGCUUCUGUCAUCACUGACGUCAGAGCUGAAGAUGGCGGCAAAUGUUCCUGUGAAGCCUGGACCAGUAGAGGGCGACGUCGCAGCACCGUCCACCUGUCGCUAGCUGUGGGUGCGGCUUCAUCUGACAGAUGUUAGCAGCUGGUGAGAAACCACUGACCUGCUCCAACUGCAUGUGGGUCGUCUCUUCUUCUUCUUUCUGUGGUUCAGGGUCAGAAAGGCUGGAAAGUCACUUACAGCUCUGAUGUCUGUGUCUCAGAAGGAUCAACGGUGGAGAUGCGCUGCACCUACACAUACCCAGACCCACAACAUUCUAGGGUAGAAGACAAAUUCUGGUUCACUAGAGUUGAGGGAUAUCGAUAUGUGGAGCUGAGAAAAGCCUCAGUGUUUGCAGGUCGUCUCCAGGAAUCCUGUAAUAGAAACAGCUGCAGUCUGAGAAUCACAGACGUGAGACAGAGCGACGCAGAUGUUUAUUAUUUUAGAUUCAGCACAAACCAGUAUAAAGGGAGAUUUACUGGUGAACCUGGAGUCACUUUAUCUGUCAAAGAUCUACAGGUCGAGGUUCAAAACAGUAACAAGCUCCAGUGUUUCAGCAGCUGUCGUCUCCCUGAUCAUUCGUCCUUCAUCUGGUACAAGAACGGACACAAGAUUUAUGGAAACCAGAAAGUAAUAUAUGGAUCUUCCAGUUCAGCAGACAGUUAUUCCUGUGCUCUCAGUGGACGUGAGGAUUUCCCUUCUGCUUCAGUCUGUGUCAGUGGUCAAACCUGCAACAAGUUGAUUUACACCGACAGAAGCAUCUGCGCCGUCAAAGGAUCAUCAGUGGAGAUUUCCUGUACUUAUAACAGUCAUAGUGGAUCCAUCACCUCUAAGUUCUGGUUCCGUUCUGACCGUAGUGGUCAGAGUCCUUCACAGCCUCAGGACCUUCGUACAGACGUCCAGUUUACAGGUCGUGUUCAGGUCAAUUAUACAACAAGAAGACGCUCCACUCUGAGAAUCUCUGAUGUGACAGAGACGGAUUCAGGACAGUACGGCUUCACAUUCAGAGCAGGAGGCUUUGAGUGGGGCCGUAGUUUAUCUGGACCCAGUCUGACUGUCACAGACCCAGAUCUGCAGGUUCUAGUUUGGACAUAUUCUACGUGGCCAAAGCUCCAGUGUUUCAGCAGCUGUCGUCUCCCUGAUCAUUCGUCCUUCAUCUGGUACAAGAACGGAGACAAGAUGAAUGAAAACCAGAAAGAAAUAUCUGCAUAUUCCACUUCAGCAGACAGUUAUUCCUGUGCUCUCAGUGGACGUGAGGAUUUCCCUUCUGCUUCAGUCUGUGUUUACGGUGAAACCUGCAACAAAGUCAUUUACACCGACAGAAGCAUCUGCGCCGUCAAAGGAUCAUCAGUGGAGAUUUCCUGUACUUAUAACAGUCAUAGUGGAUCCAUCACAUCUGAGUUCUGGUUCCGUUCUGACCGUAGUGGUCAGAGUCCUUCACAGCCUCAGGACCUACGUACAGACGUCCAGUUUACAGGUCGUGUUCAGGUCCUUGAAGCAGCGACAGGAGGCUCCACUCUGAGAAUCUCUGAUGUGACAGAGACGGAUUCAGGACAGUACGGCUUCACAUUCAGAGCAGGAGGCUUUGAGUGGGGCCGUAGUUUAUCUGGACCCAGUCUGACUGUCACAGUUCUCCAGGUGCAGGUGAUCACAUCAACGCUCCAGGACUCUUACACUGACGCACAGCUCAGGUGUCUCAGCAGCUGCAGCUCAGCCGCUCGUCUUUCCUACGUCUGGUUCAAGAACGGACACCAGGUCCUGAUGGAGGACGGGUCUUACAGAGGCCGCGUUCAUCCUGGAGACGCCAUCGUUUGUGCCUUAAAGGGACGAGAAAACUUCAAAUCUGCCUCAGUGUAUGCUCCAGAUGUUCCCUCAGUGUCAGUGGUUCCCUCUGGUGACAUUCUGGAGAACAGCCCAGUGACUCUGAACUGUAGCAGUGACGCUAACCCAGCAGCUAAUUACACCUGGUACAGAGACUCACAUCCUGAAUCCACCCAUGAAGGUCCACAGCUCGUCUUCAGCUCCAUCCAGUUGAAUCACUCUGGACUGUACGUUUGUGCUGCUGUGAAUGAGCUGGGGAAGAGAAACAAGUUUGUGUCUCUUGAUGUGAAAUAUGCUCCAGAUGUUCCCUCAGUGUCAGUGGUUCCCUCUGGUGACAUUCUGGAGAACAGUCCAGUGACUCUGACCUGUAGCAGUGAUGCUAACCCAGCAGCUAAUUACACCUGGUACAGAGACUCACAUCCUGAAUUCACCCAUGAAGGUCCACAGCUCGUCUUCAGCUCCAUCCAGUUGAAUCACUCUGGACACUUUUACUGUGAAGCUGAGAACCAGCUGGGGAGGAGACGCUCUGAGUUUGUCUCUAUCAAUGUGGAACGUAAAUCAGUGAUGAUAAUGAAAAUAACCAGGCUGACUCUUGUGGUCCUGAUGCUGAUUCCUGUGUUUGUCCUGAGUCUGUGGACGAGGAAGAAAACAGCUCUGAUUCCAAGGUCUGAAUGGAACAAACCUGCAGAGACAUUAGAGUCAGAACCUUUGCCUGAUUAUGAAAACAUGACUGCAGCACAGACAGACGACACAGAGGAGCAGGACGACCUGGUGUGACCUCCAGUCCCAUAAGAAACAGACCACGUGAAAAUUAUACAGCAACAAAGUUUCAUCAUGUGAUUCGGUCCAGAUGCUGUGAAACUAAAAGCACAAAUGAGUUUUAAAUGAACUAAUUAAUUUGUUUUCUGUGGAAGCAGAUAAACUUCAAAUACAGAAGCAUGAGUUUAAACCCUCACACAAACAAUGACAUUAAACCAUUUAAAAAUCUCAAGGUCAGACAUUUACAGCUGUUUUAUUCUGCUCAUAUUAAAUGCACACAGUUUAUAGUUUUUUGCUGGAUUUGUUUUUCACUGUUAUUUACUUUAAUUGACUGCAUUCAUAUCCUGGUUAUAUUAUCUCUAGAUAUUGUAAUUAACAUUAAGGAAACAUGGAAACACUCGCUGUAGUUUGUUACUGGAAGCAUUGGACAAAGACACAACUGGACCUGGUGCAACAGCUGUUACAGUUAAACAAUACGUCAGAUUAUUAAUCCUAAUCACGUCCUGCUGUGAUGCAGAUCACAUGUGCAUCUAAUGCAACAUCUGCUAAUUAUCUGUAGUUUGAGUUUGUCCUUUGAUCAAUGUCAAUUAUUUGCAACUAGCAGGUGUAAUUGUUUUGAAUGAUGGUCAUGUGGCCUCAUGUUUGAUGCUGAUCUUGAAAUAAACAUAAAAUUA